AAUAAAUAAUAAAUUAUAUAAUUAAAUUUUAUUUAAUAUUUUAUUAUAAUGAAGAAAUUAUGUUAUUUUAUAUUAAUUAUAUCAAUAUUUAAAGAUAUCAGUAUACAAACAAGAAAAUUAUCUAAUCUCCUUAAUACAUGUCAUGUAAAUUCACCACGUAGAUUGCGUAAUCUUGAUCAACAAACAAUAAUGUUAAUCAAUCAAAAUUCUAAACCAUGUUGUUUACCAAAUACAUGGAGAGCACGUUUUCUUGUACAAACAAUUAAAGGUGGUCGUUAUUUAAGUCGUUUAGAUCAUGGUGCAUUUCAUAUUAGUCAUAAAUUAGAUGGAUCAUUUAAUAAUGCAUUAUUAGUUGUUGGUAGAAAUGUAUAUUCAACAGAAUUUUGUAGUAUUAAUAAUACAGAUAAUUCAAUUAUUAUAAAUCAUUUAUGUCCAAAUGAUAGUAUACGUUGUUUACAAACACCAUUUCUUGGUGAACCAAGAUGUAUGACUGAAAAAGAUGGUUAUAUAUUAAAAAAAUCACGUUUAUAUAAUGGUAAAGGACAAAUUAAAGAAAUAUGGUUUAUUGAUAAAUAUGAUAAAACAUUUGGUCAUAUUGAAAGACAUUUAUAUCAUGUUUUACGUCAAUAUGGUUUAUGUCAAUUAAUACGUUAUCAAAUACAAUGGGGUAAAUAUACAAUGCCAUGGAAAAGUUGUCGUUUAUUUAUAAAACGUGAACAAACUUAUACACCAAUAACUGGUACAUUUCAACAUCAAUUUAAUCAUUCAUUAAUUAAUGAUCUUUUAUUUUGUUAAUAUUUCAUAAUAUAAUAAAAAAUAAAUAAAUAAAUGUAUAAAUAUGAUAAAUUAUCACUAUGGUUAUAAAUAUAAAUUAUUUGAUCACAAUUAUUCCAUAGUUACUAAUGUAAAAUACAAAAAAAGCAAUCAAUUUUGAUUUUUUUUUCAUUUUGAACUAGAAACAAAAACAAAAAAUCGAAAAAAAAGAAAAACUUAUUUUCCUUUAACUUAUACGAUGAAAAUCCAAUAAGAUUUGAAAUAAUACAAAAAUGUGAAAAUUAUGUAAUUGAUAUUUCUGAUUUUAUAUAGAUAUCAAUGAUUUAAAAAGAAAAAAAAACUUUUUUUUCAAUUUUUAACUUGCACUUUUAUUUUUGCCUUCGUAUAUAUAUGUAGAAACAAUUUUGACACCAAAUAACAACUAUUAAUAACUCAUCUUACACACACA